CCUAACAAAAAACGCCAUGGAAGAGAUCACUUCUUUGAUCUUCCAUGGAAGCAAGUUGGCUAGAGAACUUGAAUCAAAUAUUAACUUCUCAUUGAACUUUGCCAACCAACCCUACCUUCUCACAAAGUCAUGCGAUGAGAUCAUAACGAUCUUCAGUUUCGCCAGGGACUACUUGAAUUCUCAAGGUUCGGGUUCAGGUUCAGGUUUAGGUUCAGCAUGGAAUGGACAAGUGCACGAGGCGCAGGUCUCGGAGAUCGAUGAAUUGGGUAGAAGAGAUAUGGGAGGUUUUAUGAUCCCGCGAGGUGGUGGAGGGACGGUUCAGAGGCUGGAUAUGUCAGAUUCUGGCAGUGGUUCAUCGUCGCAAAGGCUGCGAAGAAGGAAGAAUGACAUGGAGAGACGAACGGUGAGGCGACCUGCGCCACGGAUGGGGAACACUGAAAUACCACCAGAUGAUGGCUUCGCUUGGAGAAAAUACGGCCAAAAGGAGAUUUUGGGCUUUAAAUUUCCAAGGGGUUACUACAGAUGCACCCACCAAAAAUUAUACCAUUGCCCGGCCAAGAAGCAAGUCCAGCGACUCGACAAUGACCCCUUCAUCUUCGAAAUUACAUACCGUGGUGACCACACAUGCCACAUGUCCUCCACCGCACCCUCCUUUCUACCUCCACCACCACCACCACCACCACUGCCGCCACCACCCACUUCAGCCCCUGUAAGCAGGUGGCUCUCAAUGGAUAUCAACCUAUCCGGCAAAGCCACGAGCACCUUCGCCACCGACCCACAUGUGCAAAUGUAUAGGGACUUCGGUCUGAGUGGUGCAGGGAUGAGCAGUGGUGACGGUGCAGCACUGUCCACCACCACAACCAGAUAUGGGCGUAACGUUGAAUAUCAACUUCCGGUGGCAGAUUUGGCUGAUGCCAUGUUUUACUCUGGUAGUAGCAGCACCAAUAGUAUGGACCUCAUAUUUUCAUCCAGGGAUGAUUAAUGGGAGCUACUGUAUGAAAGACACCACCAAAAAAGGCUUUGCUUGGCUUCAUUUUUUCGUUUUCUAGUUUUUUUU